UAGUCAAUCGAAAUCGCUUAUGUGUCAUGGAAAAGUGGUUAAACAUUAAACAUAAAUAAUCAUAAAAAUCGUCCAAAAUGAACGUGAUUGCGGCCGUAAAGGCCUACGUGAAUAAAAUGACCGAAGAAAGUGAACCUGGAAUGAAAAUCUUGCUCAUGGAUAAAGAAACAACCAGCGUAAUAAGUAUGGUUUAUGGUCAAUCAGAAAUUCAGCAAAAAGAAGUGUUUUUGCUUGAAAGAUUGGAUUCGAAGAGCCAAAAUACAAAUACAAGCGGAUUUAGGUUCCUUAAAUGUUUAGUCUUUGUCCGGCCAACCCAGCAAAAUAUUGAAUUGCUGUGUCAGGAAUUAAGAAAUCCUAAGUAUGGGGCGUAUUAUUUAUAUUUAAGCAAUAUAAUUGCAAAGGCUGAUGUAAAAAUGUUAGCUGAAAGUGAUGAGCAAGAAUUAGUUAAAGAAGUUCAAGAAUUGUAUAUGGAUUAUUUAGCAAUUAAUCCACAUUUAUUUUCGUUUGGUUUACCCAUGUGUGUUGCACAUUCUGGUUGGAAUUAUUCAGCAUUACAGCGUACAAUACAAGGUUUAAUUGCAGUUUUGUUAUCUUUAAAGAAAUAUCCUUGCAUUAGAUAUCAAGCAAAUUCAAAGUUUUGUAAAGAACUUAGCCAUAAAUUAGAAGAAGUUAUAAAUAAAGAAUCAACCUUAUUUUCUUUUAACCAGUCAAGUUUACCAGUUUUAUUAAUUAUUGAUAGAAGGGAUGAUCCAGUUACCCCACUGCUUAAUCAAUGGACUUAUCAAGCAAUGGUACACGAAUUACUAACAAUAAAUAAUAACAGAGUUAAUUUAUCAAACGUACCAGGUAUUUCUAAAGAGUUAAGUGAAGUUGUUUUAUCAGCAGAACAAGAUUCAUUUUAUGCUGAAAAUAUAUUUAUGAAUUUUGGAGAAAUUGGUCAAAAUAUAAAAAGUUUAAUGGAUGUAUUUCAAAGUAAAGCAAAAAGUCACAAGAAAAUUGAAAGUAUCGCCGAUAUGAAGAACUUUGUUGAAUCAUACCCACAAUUUCGUAAAUUUUCAGGAAAUGUUGCUAAACAUGUAACUGUCGUUGGGGAAUUAUCAGUUUUAGUAUCCGAUUGUAGCUUAUUAGACGUUUCUGAAUUAGAACAGGAAAUAUCGUCGCAAAAUAACGAUUCAUCCGUUCAUUUUCAAGCAAUAAAAAAAUUAAUCACCAAUAACAUCAAACCGAAUCACGUGCGAGGCGAUAAAAAUAAAAUUCGAGAAAUCGAUGCAGCUAAAUUAGUUAUGUUAUACGCUUUACGUUAUCAAACACAUUCCAAUAAUAACACUUCCACGCUCAUUCAUCUUUUAGAAAAGAACGGAGUCGCUCCUUAUUACGUAAAAAGUGUGCGAAAUAUUUUAGAAUACGCGGGAGUUCGCAAUCGACAAAGCAAUUUAUUUAAUGAUGAAAGCGCUGUGAAAAUAACAAAAAGAUUUUUUAAAGGAUUAAGUGGUGUUGAUAACGUUUAUACACAACAUAAACCGCUAUUACAUGAAACAUUGGAGGAAUUGAUGAAAGGAAGAUUGAAAGAAAACAUGUUUCCGUAUGUUAAUGCGCAUAAUACAAAUGGAAGGCCCCAGGAUGUUAUUGUUUUUAUGGUUGGGGGAGUUACAUAUGAGGAAUCAUUGACGGUACAUUCUUUCAAUAAGAAAUAUCCUGGAACGCAUAUCAUUUUGGGAGGGACUUUUGUACAUAAUUCACAUAGCUUUUUAGAGGAAAUUCAUCAUACAAUUGGAAAAUAAAUUUUAUAAUGUAUUUAUUGUAAUUAAGUUAAGAGUAUUUAUGUGAUUAAUUAUAUAUAUGCU